AUCACUCAGCUGAAGAUCGACAACAACCCGUUCGCCAAAGGCUUCAGAGACACAGGAGGCGGGAAGCGGGAGAAGAAACGUCUGUCGAUGCAGAACUCAACCUCCGACUGCUCGCCCUCCAAGAUCUCUCGUCAUGAGGACAGCGCCAGGCUAUCACUCUCUCACAGCGAGGGCUCCGACUCGAGGGGGCUGCUGACGUCACAGACCAGACAACAAGAUGGCGGCGGACUGUCGGGCUCCGAGCGUGGCUCGAGGGUGGGUGAGGACGGGUCGGAGAACGAGGAGAGUGAUAUCGAGGUGGAUAAAUCGGACCAGGAGGAGGAUGAGGAGGAGGAAGAGGAGGAGAAUGACGUGACGGUGGAUGAGGAAGAAGUUCCCGGGAAGAGGGGAGGCGUGUCACCUCUGAGGAAUCUUGAAACUUCGAGCGCGGGGAACGAAGUGGGCCACACAACAGCACUGAAUCAGACAGACCCGUCCUCAAACGCCACGUCUCACGACCCCAAACACUGUCCCUCCAAAAUCACACCGGAGCGUCGCCAUGACAACGACGCGUCAUCCUCCAGCGCCUCUCCGCCCGACGCCACGACGGACACGCCCACACCCAACACUUCCGGGAGAUCGGACGAUUUGGAGGCAAUGACGUCACCGGUGAAGCAUCAUCCUCAUCCCCAACCUCCUCCUUCUCACCAUUCACGGUUUCACGCGAGGUCGGAGUCUGCUGUUGUAGAGCCUGGUUUGGUUCUGGAGGGGAAAAGGCGGGAAAGGAGCGGCCACCAGGAAAUGAAGUUGUCUCCCCGUAGUCCCGUAAGUGAUGACGUAGUAGACAGAAAGCUGACGUCAUACUCUGGGAGGUUGGAGACAUUGUGUGGUAAGGCGUAUCCCGAGGGGAGUGACCUCAAAACAGACGAGGAAAGGUCAAAGGUUAAAGUGGAGGUGAACUCAGCUGUCUAUGACCCAGAUCACGCGAUAGUCAAAACAGAAGAAUGUGGUGGAGUAGGAGGAGGAGUGGAGGAAGAGGUCAUGACCCCUAGCGCUUUCAACAUGGCGUCGUUGUCGUCGUCUUCAUCGUCAUCAUUGUCCGGGUCAUCAGCCGCGAGGAGAGAGCAGCAGGCGGCUUUGUACGAGCGGUACGGGUUCGCAUCCGCCGCCGGCCGCCGCCGCCAGAGGUCUCCACCCCCACCACCACCCCCACCCAGGAGACUUGAAGAUACCCGGCGGGGGUCACGUGAUGGCUCACCCCUAUCACAGCCUGCUCUACCCCGGGGGCGUGGCGGCGGGGAUUGUUGGCCCAACACCGCCGCAGCUCUUCCCCUCUUCCGUUGUCUCAUCCACCGCCUCCUCACCUUCCUCUUCGUCUACAUCGUCCUCGUCGUUUUUAUCUUCGUUGCCGUUUCCCUUUCCGCCCGCCAUGAUGUCUCUCCCUGGCGCGGCCGGAUUGGGAGAUUCGGCAGACGUUUUUGGCUCACCCAUGUCUUUCCCGUUCCCGCUGCGACACAUGUCCCCUUCGGUUCUGGAGUCGUUUCGCUACUCAGCCCGAAACGACGCUUACCUGAGCUUUCGGAACCAGUUCGGCGAAACCGGUUCUUCUCCAUCGAAAUCCGGAUUUUACAGCCAGCACCGAUUCCCGUACGCGACCCCCUCGUCCAGCACCACGCCGGUCGGGGCUGUUGCUGCUGCUGCCGCUGCUAAAGCUGCUGCUGAUGCUGCUGCUGCUGCCGCCGCUGCUGCUGCUGCGACUGCGUCUGUUGCGACACCGGGGAGCCCUCUA